UUUAUUGCAGCUUGCAGAGCACUCAGCUGUGAUUCUCACGCUGCUGAUGACAGACUGAGUGUCGUCUUCACCGGCUCGCUCGUGCAGCCUUUCAACCCUUCAUGCAUGCUUCACACAACCGCACCGAAACCGGCAGCAACACCCCCCGUGGAAGGAUUUAAUGUUUCAAUCGUGUUGGACUAAGUUUCCUGCCUUUUUGCGCAUUUUGGGACGAUUUCCACCCUGCUUUCUUCAGACGACAGCUUAUAUUUGAAAAGCUUCACCAUAAGGACACACGCAGCAGCAGAGACAUCAUGCCGCUAAAUUCUAGUUUGGCAAGUAAAAACUAUGACUAUGACUACGACUCUCUCCAACCGUAUUUCUACUACGACAACGAGGAGGAGGAUUUCUACCCUCAGCAGCUUCAGCCUCCGGCACCAAGCGAAGACAUCUGGAAGAAAUUUGAGCUGCUACCGACCCCUCCCCUCUCCCCGAGCCGCCGGCCGUCCCUGUCAAGCCUCUUCCCCUCCACGGCGGAUCAGCUGGAAAUGGUGACCGAGUUCCUCGGGGACGACGCAGUCAACCAGAGCAUCAUCUGCGACGCGGACUACUCCCAGACCUUCCUCAAGUCAAUCAUCAUUCAGGAUUGCAUGUGGAGCGGCUUCUCCGCAGCGGCCAAGCUGGAGAAGGUGGUCUCAGAGAGGCUCGCCUCUCUGCACGCCGCGCGGAAGGAGUCUGCGGCGGCAGUGGAGUGCGCGGAUUCUGCCGGUGCAGGAGCAUGGAGGUUAAACAGCAGCUACCUGCAAGACCUGAACACGUCCGCCGCUGAGUGCAUCGAUCCGUCUGUGGUUUUCCCCUACCCUGUGGCAGAGACACCCAAACAGAGCGCUGGGACGCCGACUAGUAAGGAUUUGGGGCUGGACACGCCACCCAACAGCGGCAGCAGCAGCAGCAGUUGUAGUGACUCAGAAGAUGAUGAUGAUGAUGAGGAGGAGGAAGAAGAAGAAGAGGAGGAGGACCAGGAGGAGGAGGAAGAGGAGGAGGAGGAGAUUGAUGUAGUCACAGUGGAGAAGAGGCAGUCAGUGAAGCGGUGUGACCCCAGCCCAACCGAAACCAGGCAUCCCAGCCCGCUCGUACUGAAGAGGUGCCACGUCUCCACCCACCAGCAUAACUACGCUGCCCAUCCAUCCAUGAGACACCACGAGCAGCCGGCUGUCAAGAGGCUGAAGCUGGAGAGCAGCAGUAACAGUGGAGGAGGAGGAGGAGGAGGAGGCGGUGGUGGUGGUGGUGGUGGUGGAGGAGGAGGCGGCAGCAGCAGCAGUCACAGUCACAGCCACAGCAGGGUCCUCAAACAGAUCAGCAGCAAUCGCAAGUGUUCGAGUCCCCGGACGUCCGACACAGAGGACUACGACAAGAGAAGGACUCAUAACGUUCUGGAGCGCCAGAGGAGGAACGAGCUCAAGUUGAGCUUCUUCGCGCUGCGGGACGAGAUCCCUGAGGUGGCCAACAAUGAGAAGGCGGCCAAGGUGGUGAUCCUGAAGAAGGCGACAGAGUGCAUCUACAGCAUGCAGACGGACGAACAGAGACUCCUCUCACUCAAAGAGCAGCUGAGGAGGAAAAGUGAACUUUUAAAGCAGAGACUCUCACAGCUGCAGGGCUCUCGUGCUUAAAGUUUGAAUCAGAGACUUUUUUUCUGCCUUUUGUUUUUUAUGCAAGUUCAAGACUUAGGGUGUACAGUUGUUAUUGCAUGCAAAUGCAAAGUGGAUUAAGUUGUUUGGAAUCUUGUUUGAUUUCAAUGUUAAAACUGCCUCAAUUGAAGUUAUGGGUGGAUUAAAUAUUUAAAAGUUUAUUUUUAUUAAUAAAAUAUUAAAAUGGGGCUACCUUGUUGAGGGCCCAAACUAAAAUAUAAAUUUGUAUGUUUUGUAUAUAAUUAAUAUUUCCUAAGAAAAUGUAUUUUUGGAUCUCAAUUGUCUGGAUGUUCAGACCCAGUGUUUGUUUUUUCCAUUAUGUUCCUAGAUUCUUUUUGAAAUAUAAAAACAAUGUUUCUUCUUGAA